AAAACUUUCUUAUAAGUUUAUGCUUAUUCUUCCUCUAGAAAAAAAUCAUACAUAUCUUUCCUUUUCCAGCAGUUUGAGAGAAAUACGGAAAGAAUGGCUUCCUCUGGUGCUGAACUUGAUAAACCUCAUGUAAUUUGCGUACCACAUCCUUCCCAAGGUCACAUUAACCCUAUGUUUAAGUUAGCCAAAAUCCUCCAUCACAAAGGGUUUCAUAUAACCUUUGUCAACACUGAAUACAAUCAUAGGCGUCUCCUUAAGUCCCGAGGGCCCGAUGGACUCAAGAACUUGCCAUCCUUUCGAUUCGAGACCAUUCCCGAUGGCCUACCACCAUGUGAUGCUGAUGCCACCCAAGAUAUUGUUGCUUUAUGUGAAUCCACAACCACCACUUGUUUGGCUCCUUUCAAGGAGUUACUUGCUAAACUUAAUGAUGCUUCAUCUGUUCCACGGGUCUCGUGCAUCAUUUCGGAUGGUGUCAUGAGCUUCACUCUUGCUGCUGCCCAAGAAUUGGACAUUCCUCAAGUUUUCUUCUGGACUUUUGCUGCUUGCGGUACUUUAAGUUAUAUGCAUUACUGCAACCUUGUUGAAAAAGGAUACACUCCACUUAAAGAUGAAAGUUACUUGACAAACGGGCACUUGGAGACGACUUUGGAUUGGAUACCAGGCAUGAAAGGCAUCCAAUUGAGGGAUCUUCCAGGUUUUAUUAGAACUACAGAUCAAGAUGAUUACAUGAUUAAGUUUGUCUUACAAGAAACAGAAAGAUCAAAAAAUGCUUCUGCGAUCAUUAUCAAUACAUUUGAGCCGUUAGAGAAGGAAGUUAUCGAAUCACUGCAAACACUUCUUCCGUCGGUGUAUGCCAUUGGGCCAUUGCAUUUGCUUGUGAAACAUGUUGACGACAAGAAUCUGGAGGAUUUGGGAUCCAAUCUUUGGAAAGAAGAACCAAAGUGUUUAGAGUGGCUUGAUUCCAAGAAACCAAAUUCUGUUGUCUAUGUCAAUUUUGGAAGCAUUACUGUCAUGACUAAAAAUCAACUUAUCGAAUUUGCCUGGGGACUUGCCAAUAGCCAGCUGGAAUUUUUGUGGAUUAUAAGGCCUGAUAUUGUAUUAGGAGAAGAAACAGUUCUUCCACCCGAGUUCAUGGAAGAAACUAAAGAAAGAGGGAUGCUAGCUAGUUGGUGCUCACAAGAACAAGUCCUUAACCACCCUGCAAUUGGAGGAUUCUUGACUCACAGUGGAUGGAAUUCGACUCUUGAAAGUAUAAGUAGUGGGGUGCCAAUGAUUUGCUGGCCGUUCUUUGCAGAACAACCGACUAAUUGUUGGUUUUGUUGCACCAAAUUGGGCAUCGGUAUGGAGAUUGACAAUAAUGUGAAGAGGGACCAAGUUGAAAUCCUUGUAAGAGAGUUGAUGGCCGGAGAGAAAGGCCAAGAGAUGAAGAAAAAGGCAUUGGAAUUGAAGAAAUUAGCUGAAGAAGCUACUCAAAGACCAGCAGGAUCAUCUUAUGUGAACAUCAACACACUGAUCAAUGAAAUUCUCAUCUCUCCUAAACACUAGGCAUUACUAAUCAAUAGGUAGCUUAUUUUCACAUCUGUUGAGAUAUUAGAUUAUGCUUGUUUUUCUUCUUUCAUUAUAUUGUAAUAUUGCACUGUCAUCUGUUCUAACUAUAAGGACUAAUUUCUCUUGCUUCACCAGGUCUUUGGUCACCACAGAGCACCACGCCUGUUAGACACCCCAUCUUAACAAGAAAAUAAAGAAAUACAACUCGUUCCAUACUU